AUGUCGCUUGAGCCGGAUGAUGCAUGUCCCGGACAGGCCUUUCACCCCAACGAGAUUUUGAGAAAAUACGGCAUAGACCCUAAAAAGGAACAAUGGGAUGCUUCGUUAAGGAUUUUCUGUAAUGAAGUUUAUAUCAUGUACCCGUUUCUUGACCUGCGUUCACUGUGGGAUCAUUAUGCCGGUCUCUGGAACGGGUGGCUUUCGGUACCCUGCAACCCAACAUUGAACGUCACGAUUGAGCAAGAUAGAAGUCCGCUUGUGACUCAGGUCUUCGUCUGCCUUGCCAUUGGGCAGUGCACUGCUUCACCUCGCAACACAAGUGAGGAUGGUCGAUAUUCUGCUGGUUGGAGCCUCUACCGAGCGGCUUUGGAAUUUCUUGGUGAUGUUUUUGCUUCCUUUGAAGAGUACGAAGACCAGCUCUUGAUAUUGCAGAUCUUUGCAUUGAUGGUCAUUUACCUCUUCCGACUGGAUAUGAUCGGGAAAGCAGAGAAGUUUUUGGCGAUCGCGAUCUCUCAUGCACAUCAUCUUGGAAUUCAUAAAAUUGAAAAUGCUACCAGUGGGAUCAAUAGCUGUAGCAAGGAGAUGUCACGACGAGUUUGGUGGUCACUCUACGUCCUUGACCGACGACUCGCCAUCGAAUCAGGACGCCCCUUUCUGAUCCAAGAUCUUAGUACUUCUAAACCACUGCCACAGAGCUUGCCGGGUGAUCUUCAGUGUUACAGGGGGAGCAACUCACUUACUAUUACCCCCAUCGAUUUCCUUGCCGCAACGGUCACGUAUUCCACAGUCCUUGGAAAAGUCUGGGAGGUCAUCAAUGGGGCUCCAAGCACCGACGCCACGUCUACCUUCUUUCUGAAAGACCAUUUCGAGGGACAUUUGGAUGAAAGAAGUUCUGGAACAGAAACUACAGAAAAGCCUUGGUGAGCCAAGCUUCAAGGGGAUGUAUGGGAAUAUGACCCGUCGCUCUGUCCAUCUUCUUAUGUUAUACUGCAGAAAGACAUGGGUCUCUGGGAAACUUAUACGCACCGUCUCAAGACUCAGCGCAAUGAUUACACGGGUUCUGGAGAGCAGCAGCUUGACAAGUACGCAGUCUAG